AUGCAUCACCUAAUUUCAUCAUCACAUACAGGCCUGGCCUCCAGUAAAGAACAGUUUGUUGAAUAUAUCUAAUCUUGUGUUGUUCAUACUAUACAAUGAUUUAUUACAGAUUAUCUGGCCAAUGCUGGGUGUCUAAGGCCUUUGAAACGCAUAGAAGACAAAGAUCUCAUGGUGGAGGAUAUCAUCAUGUUUCAGCUGGUUCAUCGAGUUAGUGGAGCACUUCAAAGGUUCAGGGAGGGGAUGAAGACCCUUGGUGUUCUUGAUGCAAUAAGAAUGCACCCAGAUGCUUUCAGACCACUGUUUUGUCACGAGCCAUCCCCACUCACAGCGGAUGUACUAGAACUGUCAGCAGUGGGCAGGAACAAAAGAAGGGCAGAGGAAUGUGUGGUUGCAUUUUGGAGGGACUACCUGCUGGAUGUUGAGGCGCAAGAGGGACCCUUGCAACUUGGGGGUAUCCUGGCCUUUGCGACGGGAGCAAACGAUAUUCCACCCCUGGGCUUCUCCCCACUACCUUCAGUGGUUUUUCUCCAUGAGCUGCCCCUCAGACAAGGCCGUCAUUUACCCACCGCAAACACAUGCAUUAACUGCCUGCGGUUGCCAGUCCUGAAAAAAUUCGAGGAUUUUAAGGAAACUAUGGAUUUUGCAUUAAAAACACUCAGGGAUUUGGUCAGGAAUGACUUCCAAGAACUCCUUAAUAUACAUUAUUAAAAUCUGUUGCCUGUUGAACUUGACUAAAUUGAAGAGACAUCGUUGUCAAUA